GCGCUCCUCCAGGAGAUCCAGCCUUUGGUUCCACGCUUGCAAAGCGGUGGUGCCAAGUCAGAGGUUCUCAGGCGUGCAAAUGCAAGCACUGACGCUGAUGAAACGACCGACCACAUCGCCCCGUUUGCAGCGAUUGGCUGGUUCUCUGGCGACGCAACUGACAGGCUAUCCAGUGGCAGCUCGGUUGCAGGGUGUGUCUUCAGGAUUCUGAGCAGCAGACUCUUCACGCAAGAGGGCUGCCGGUUCUGCGUCUUCCCAGAACUCUUCCUUUUCUUCUUUCUCUUCAUCUUCCUCGUCGGCUGUUUGUUUGUUUUUUCAGCUGGACAGGCGUCAUCUUUGUCAGACAAGGACACAACGCAGGGUUUAGCGACAUUUAGGGUUCAGAAACAUUGGAAGUGCCUGGACAGUCUUCCUUUGUUUGUUGACCAGGACACAGGCUCAUACGGACGGGUGAACAUUGUGCUUCCGCGGCCAAGCCGUUUGUACGCGCCUCUGCAAAGAGAGAACCGCGUGGCGUGUGGCCGUGCUCCCCGUGACGAGGUACCGUCCUGA